AGAAAAUGUUGUCGCUGCAAGAAAUGUUAACAUAUGGGAAGGCACAUCUUUUCUUACACCACUUGUUGGAGGUCUAUUAGCUGAUUCUUACUAGGGUAGAUAUUGGACGAUUGCUACCUUUUCGACAAUUUUCUUCAUUGGGAUGUGUACAGUUUCUGUAUCAGCGUCAAUUCCUGCAUUUAGGCCGUCUGAUUGCUCGGAUUCCAUUUGUCCAUCAACUCCAAUACAAAAUGCUGUACUAGUUGCAGGACUCUUAUCUGAUUGCACUCGGAUCAGGAGGGAUUAAAGCCAUAUAUUUCCUUUUUUGGUGCUGAUCAGUUUGAUGAUACUGAUCCUAUCGAGAGGGUUUCUUCUUUGGAAUGCCUCUCUAUAGGUUUCAAAAACCCGGGGGAAGCCCAUUGACUAGAAUUUUUCAGGUUAUAGUUGCAUCAGUCCAGAAGCGUAAGUUAGAGAUUCCAGAAGACAGAUCCCUCUUGUAUGAAACUCCAAACAAGCUUUCGGUAAUUGGAGGAAGUCGAAAGCUAGAGCAUACCGAGAUCUAUGGAGAAUAACAUUGAUCAAACCACUGGUGAUGGCUCAGUUGAUUUUUACGGGCAACCUGUCCUUAAAAGCAAAACCGGAAAUUGGAGAGCAUGCUAUUUAAUUCUUGGUAACGAGAUUUGUGAACGUCUUGCUUUUUAUGGCGUCAACACAAAUCUGGUUAGUUAUCUCACCCAAAAGUUGCAUGAAGGAAAUGUCUCUGCUGCAAGAAUAGUCUCUACCUGGUCAGGAACAUGUUACAUAACUCCUCUUAUUGGCGCUUUCUUGGCUGAUGUGUAUUGGGGAAAGUAUUGGACGAUUGCUGUCUUUUCAGUCAUUCAUUUUAAGGGGAUGUCUACUUUGACUCUAUUUGCGAAAAUUACCAUGUUUAAGCCUGCUGAUUGUGAAGGUUUGAUUUGCCCAUCCGCUACUCCAUCACAGUACGCAAUAGUAUUUGUGGAACUUUAUCUUGUUUCCCUCGGGAUGGGAGGAAUUAAGCCAUGUAUCUCAUCUUUUGGUGCAGAUCAAUUUGAUGAUAAUGAUUCUUAUGAGCAGAAAGAAAAGGCAUCGUUUUUUAAUUGGUUUUAUUUCUCUAUAAGCAUUGGUUGUCUGAUAGCAAGUACUCUUAUUGUAUGGAUACAAGAAAAUGUUGGAUGCGACAUUGGGUUUGGAAUUCCUGCCUUAUUCAUGGCUAUUUCCAUUAUGUUUUUCUUUUGCGAAACUCGUCUUUACAGGUUUCAAAAACCCGGGGGAAGUCCCUUAACAAGAAUAUGCCAGGUUGUAGUUGCAUCAUUUUCGAAACUCGAAAUGAAGGUUCCAGAAGAUAGUCGCCUUCUUUAUGAGACUUCGGAGGUAAAUUCAGCAAUUGAAGGAAGUCGAAAGCUAAAGCACACAGAAGAAAUGAAAUUCCUAGAUAAGGCAGCGGUAUUGUCAGCAACCGAAUUGCAAACGGGGGAUUUCUCCAAUAGUUGGAGGUUGUGUACCGUAACACAGGUCGAAGAACUAAAGGUGUUGAUCCGUAUGGCUCCUAUUUGGGCAACUUCCAUUGUCUUUUCAGCUGUUUAUGACCAAAUGUCGACUACUUUCAUCGAGCAGGGAAUGGUUAUGAAUAGAACAGUAGGACCCUUGCUAAUCCCAGCAGCUUCCUUAUCAACCUUUAGUAUCUGCAGCAUUCUUUUAUGGGUCCCUUUCUAUGAUAAGAUUCUUGUGCCUUUAGCUCGGAAAUUUACUGGGAAUCCAAAGGGGUUCUCAGAGCUACAAAGAAUGGGUAUUGGCCAAGUAAUCUCCGUUUUAUGCAUGUUAGCUGCCGGCUUAGUAGAGCUCAGACGCCUAAACUUUGUCGCAAAACUAAGUGUGUCAAAUGAGAGAACAACAUCCUCACUCAACAUCUUUUGGCAAAUCCCGCAAUACUUUCUAAUGGGCGCUUCAGAGAUAUUUUUCUAUAUCGGAAAGAUGGAGUUUUUCUAUGAUCAAUCACCUGAUGCCAUGCGAAGUUUGUGUACUGCAUUCUCGCUCCUAACAUCUUCACUAGGAAGUUACUUGAACUCCCUAAUCCUAACGAUUGUAACAGUGAUUACGACUGCUGGGGGUAAAUCUGGGUGGAUACCCGAUAACUUGGACAACGGUCAUCUUUACAAGUAUUUCUUUUUGUGGGCAGGUCUCAGCUUGGCGAACCUGAUUGUGUAUAUUUUAUGUGCCAUGAAAUAUAAACAGAAGAAGACUUCAUAAAGAUUGUGUACAAAAUGAUUGAUGAAGCAGUUAUUUGAUCAUUCUUAGGUUUCCUUCUAACUCUGGCAAAGUGUUUGUUUAAGGUUACGAAGAAUAGACUCGUGGUCUUAUAAAUAUCACUCCACAUCACAAUUAACAAUGCCAAUGUUUUGAUGGUGCAAUAUACAAAGAAAUGCUAAUAGAGUUAGAAAGAAGAAAACUGCCUUUAUCUUAUGUUGUGUGACCUAAUACAUAAAACUUUAAGAGAAUAUGAAUUUGCUUUUUGUUUCGGAUAAUUGUAGA